UGAAAAGCAGCCCCAGUCACGUAUGAUUCUAAUAUCCUUCUACAAUAGCCUCGAGAACCAAGUAUGAGGUGACUGCUUUCAAGCUUCCUUGAUCCAGCAUUGAUCCAGUAGAGGCGAGGCCAUCUGACUUCGAGUAUGGCAGGUGACGACCUGAGCACCGUGGAAGCGGAACAAGCCAGUUGGGCGCGGACAGGAAAAGAUCUAGUAUCCGGCGCUGCUGGAGGAAUAGCCCAAGUGUUGUUAGGCCAACCAUUUGAUAUCAUAAAGGUCCGACUACAGACAACUUCGAAAUAUCCGAAUGCCGUGGCGUGCGCCUCAUCCAUCCUACGGAAUGAAGGGCCCUUCGCUUUCUACAAGGGAACUCUCACACCUUUGAUAGGCAUCGGAGCGUGUGUCUCUGUUCAGUUCGGCGCAUUCCACUACGCUCGACGGGCCUUCGAAGAACGCAACCUGGUCGCCAACCCACAGGGCAAGGGCGAACUCUCUUAUGGCCAAUAUUACCUGGCUGGUGCGUUUGCCGGUCUCACCAAUUCAGUACUCUCAGGACCCAUUGAGCAUGUCAGAAUCCGACUCCAGACUCAACCCCAUGGAGCAGAUCGUCUGUACAGUGGCCCUCUAGAUUGCAUCAAGAAGCUCUCCUCUCACGAAGGGGUUCUCCGCGGCUUGUACCGUGGUCAAGCUGUAACAUUGUACCGUGAAGCCCAGGCCUACGGUGUGUGGUUUCUCACCUUUGAGUAUCUCAUGAAUCUCGACAUGAAACGCAACAACGUCGAGAGAAAAGAGAUUUCCUCGCCCAAGGUGGCUUUCUACGGUGGUCUCGCCGGUGAGGCGUUGUGGAUUGCCAGCUAUCCUUUUGACGUGAUCAAAAGCAAAAUGCAGAGCGACGGAUUCGGCGCAGAUCAGAAAUACAAGACGAUGCGUGAUUGUUUCAGCAAGACAUGGCAAGCAGAAGGCGCUAGAGGAUUCUGGAAAGGCAUCGGUCCAACUCUGGCUCGAGCGAUGCCUGUUAGCGCUGGCACAUUCGCAGUGGUUGAGCUGACUAUGCGCGCUCUGAAUUGAGAACCACCUCUGUGUGAAAAUCUAAUCAGAGAGUAAUAAGGUGUGAUAGACUCAGCAACAUAGAUCAAUUGAGCACGGGAGGCAAGAAACCAUGGGUGAAAAGUUAAUGCCGGGAUAGAACUCGAUUGAAGUUUCCAAGUGCUUGAUAUCACUCGCGAGCAUCGUCGCAAUAAAUUUUCAGACCUGACACAUGUGAGCCACGGUCCUUAGCGACAAUCGCCUCUCCCGGAGCGCUUCGUG